AGCCUCAGACAGUAAAAGCAUCUUUAUGCAAGGAGCAAUAUAAUUAGAAAAGACCAGGCAAGGGAGGUGUAGCCUGGGGGUUGGGACUGUUCUCUACAUGGUUUGGAUCUGCCUUUAUGGACGCUAGGGGGCAGCAUUAUCCCUAACUGAAGGUGUUCUCACUUCACCAGUGUGUGCCCAACUCUUCACCCAGAACCCUUAAGGUGUACUUUCUGAGAUGUGUCCUUGGAGACAGACUAAGCUUCAAGCUGGACGCUACUCCUGCCCAUCAGGGUCUGGAUGCCCUUUAUCCAUUAGAUGCAGGCCUUUCCUUUUGAAAAUUAUUCAGCAAAGUAUCUAACAAGUUGUACUGUGGCCGCCUCAUCCUCAGUGGCUUUUUGUUUCAGUCCUGUGUGGACAGUUUUAAACAUCUGCCCCAGGUGAGCUUGGGGAAUGAGGAAGUGUGUGGAGGAGUGAGAACUGGAGGCAGAUCUCUUGAUUCUGCAGCUGGUAAGACUGUGGAUGACCCAGUCAGGACUGGCUAGCUAAACAGAGGCCCCCUGGAGUGCCUGUGUUUUUGUUUUGUUUCUUCUGGUCUGCAGCAUGUGCAGGCUUGCCUGAGUAAACGCACAUUGGCCAAGCCAGUGUUGUCAGAAUAAAUGCCAGACUAAGCAGAGCUUAGUGGUCUGUUUCCAGGAGUCCAGACACCCGUGUCUCUGGUCUUGGAUCUGCAGCUCCCAGGUUUGUAUGGGACCCAACUACAAACCUUCAGAGCACCUGCUGGGCGAAGAUAGCAGUAAGUUGAGUCUGUCUUAUGUGGUGGAGUGAGUACCCAUCAUUUCCAAUGUAUUUCUGCCAGGGCAGGACAAAAUUGGCCCCACCUGGUCCUGGCUUUUGAUUUUACCCUGUUCCGUUGCCUUCACUAUAGAUGGUUGGACUUACAAGACAGUGGUACAUACAUACUGACAACAGCUUUCGAUUGUGCCUACUGUUUGACUAAGGAAAAAUUGCUUUGAACCUUCACUGUUACUAAGGUCCUGUGUAUGUGGAAGUCAGCCUUGCCCAAGAGCUCUGCCUGCUGCUUUCUGCAGCCUGGUGUCUGUUCUAACCCUAAGCACUGUGGGCUGAUACCUCUGGCAGCAGGUUGCUGGUGAGAUUCCUAAACCAUUGCUACAUUUCUGACCAGUGGGGGUAAUGGUGUCCUUUGUGCCCCAGCUUAAAUUCUUAGGUAUAGCCCUCAGGAUAUGGUCCAAGACUCCAGCCCAGCCCCACUAGUUUCUUCUGGCUGAAUUCUCAAGCCCUGUUGAUAGUCUGGGUGUCUCUCCCUUUAGGUCUCUUACCCCUGGUUUGGUAGAUUUGUGGAGUCUGUAAGGUCUAACCAUAUAUGUCCACAAGGCUGGGUCACAGAAGAAGACAUUAGCACAAAUAAUAAACAGGCUUGACUAUAUUCCAAAUAGUCCUGGGUUCCCACAGUAACAGACCCACCUGGAGAAACUGGGAACUAGGCCAUAUAGGGGUGCUGAGACCUCUGGUUCUGGGACAGCACUACCUUUGGGACACGAAGGACAGAAUUCAGGCAUAUACAUGGAGACUGGUGCAUCAGGACCCGAAAGGAUCAGUCAGUCAGGUAGACUUUUUGCUUGCUGUCACUUGGUCACCUGGGCCUAGAUAUCCACCUGCCUGUUCCUACCUGCAUUUCCCUUCCCAGUGAGGCCUCAAAAGCAUGGUAGAGCUCGGCAGAGAUUUUGGAAAAUGUCAGCUCCCACAGAGUGGUCCCGGGACCACACUGGCCCUCCCUAAGGCUUUCAGUUGUCCUGGAAGUCAAAGGGUCCCCACCUUCUGACGUUUCAGGCUUACAAGUAACUUCCCCUUCACAAGUCACCUUCCUCCAGUUAGACUCCACCCAAUUAGCACUCCCCAGCUCUGGUAGGACUAGAAGGCAAGCUCUUGGUUUCUCCACCAGGACUAGGAGCUUGUAGAGUUAGUCCAUGUACCGUCUCCAGCUCCUGUUAAUUUGGUCCCCAAUUAUGGGAGAUGCAAAGCUAGCCAGAAGCCACUGGGGAAUAGCCUCUAACUCCAGACUGCUCUGGGGGCUGGUUGCUGCCAGCAGGAUACUGGUACAGAGGUGUACACAUCUCGCCCCGCCCAGCCCCACCCCAGCCCGCCCCAUGACUUAGCGAUUGGCCAGCCCUGAUCUCUGGGAAGGGCUCUCAGAAGUAACCACACUAGUCAGUGCUCAAGACAGAACUUUGUGGAACCUCUAGGGUUAGUGUCUUCAAGAUCCCAUCAUGCUUGGCCUCUGGCUACUCAGCGCCCUGUGGACACCAGCCGUAGCUCCUGGACCCCCUUUGCCCAAUGUGAAAGAGUAUGAGGUGGUAUGGCCUCGGCGCCUGACUGCGUCCCGCUCCCGCAGAGACCUGCCCUCCCCCUGGGGCCAGUACCCAGAGAAUCUGAGCUAUGCUCUUGGGACCAAAGAACACAUGUUCACCCUGCACCUUCGGAAGAACAGGGACCUGCUGGGUUCGAGCUACACAGAGACCUACUCAGCUGCCAAUGGCUCCGAGGUGACAGAACAGCUGCCUGGGCAGGACCACUGCCUCUACCAGGGCCAUGUGGAAGGGUACCAGGGCUCAGCGGCCAGCCUUAGCACCUGUGCUGGCCUCAGGGGCUUUUUCCGAGUUGGGUCCACUAUCCACUUGAUUGAGCCUCUGGAUGGUGGUGAAGAGGGGCAGCAUGCGAUGUACCAGGAGAAGCACCUGCAAGAGAAGGCUGGGACCUGUGGGGUCAGCGACACUAGCCUGGAUGACUUAGGGCCUCGGGCCUUAGAAAUCUACAGUUCUCAGCCUCGGAACUGGCUGAUACCCAGAGAACCCCGAUAUGUGGAGUUGUAUGUGGUCACAGACAGCCAAGAGUUCCGGAGGCUGGGAAGCAGAGAGGCCGUGCGCCAGCGUGUGUUGGAGGUAGUAAACCACGUGGACAAGCUUUAUCAGGAGCUCGAUUUCCGUGUGGUCCUGGUGGGCCUGGAGAUCUGGAGCAGAGACAAGUUCUACAUCAGCCCCCAUGCCAAUGUAACACUGGAGAACUUCUUGAACUGGAGGGAACAGAACUUGCUAGGGCAGUACCCACAUGACAACGUGCAACUUAUCACAGGGGUUGAUUUCAUCGGCAACACUGUCGGACUGGCUAAGGUAUCUGCCCUGUGUUCCUGGCACUCAGGAGCUGUGAACCAGGACAAUGCCAGGGACCCCAUUGGUGUAGCAUCCACCAUGGCCCAUGAGCUGGGCCACAACUUGGGCAUGAACCAUGAUGAGAGCGUCCCAGGCUGCUACUGCCCUGUACCACGUGAGGCUGGUGGCUGCAUCAUGACCCAAAUAUUUGGCUCCAACUUCCCAAGGAAAUUCAGCAGGUGUAGCCAGGUUGACCUAGAGUCAUUCGUGAUGAAGCCCCAGACAGGCUGCCUGACCAAUGUCCCAGAUGUCAACCGGUUCGUGGGAGGCCCUGUGUGUGGAAACCGAUUUGUAGAGCAUGGAGAGCAGUGUGACUGUGGUACACCUCAGGACUGUAAGAACCCCUGCUGCAAUGCCACCUCUUGCCAGCUAGUCAAGGGGGCAGAGUGUGCUUAUGGUGCCUGCUGUCAUGAGUGCAAGGUGAAGCCAGCCGGUGAGCUGUGUCGUCCCAUGAAGGACAAAUGUGACCUGGAGGAGUUCUGUGAUGGCCAGAAGCCAACAUGCCCUGAAGAUGCUUUCCAACAGAAUGGCACACCCUGCCCGGGGGGCUACUGCUUUGAUGGGAGCUGCCCCACACUGACACAACAGUGCCAGGAUCUAUGGGGGCCAGGUGCCCGGGCUGCAUCAGACUCCUGCUUUACCUUUAGCAUCACUCGGGGCUGCAGGGUCACUAUGUACCCUGGCAAAAUGAACCGGUGUGGGGUGCUGUACUGUGAGGGAGGCCAGAAGCCCCUUGAACGUUCCUCCUGCAGUUUCUCCACCCACCAUGGAAUCUGCCACGCUCUUGGCACAGAGAGCAACUCUGACACCUAUGAGCUGGUACUCCAGGGCACCAAGUGCGAGGAGGGGAAGGUUUGCAUGGGUGGACGCUGCCAGGACCUCCAUGUAUAUAGAUCUGAGAAUUGCUCUGCUAAGUGCAACAACCAUGGGGUAUGCAACCAUAAGAGAGAGUGUCACUGCCAUGCGGGCUGGGCCCCGCCCCACUGUGCACAGCUGCUGGCAGAUGUACCAGCUGGGCGAGCAGUGGUCACUGCGGCUGUCCACAGCACCGCAGCCUCGGGAGCCUGGCUAGGCCUCAACGGUGGCACUGUGGGGCUGGCACUCACCACGUCUAACCCAUUGCCGGAGCGCCUGAAGAGCUGGUCAUCUGGGAGCCUUCCAGUUGGUGUGGUGGUGGUGGCUUUGGUGAUCCUCGUGGCGGUCAUCCUGGCAGGUGUCAUCUUCUACCGAAAGGUCCAGAGCCAAGUCCAGAGGAGGAGUGUGGCACCCAAGCCCACCACAGGGCUCUCCAACCCCCUAUUCUUCAUGAGGGACAGCAGCCUGCCAGAUAAGAGAAGGCCUCCAGGCACCCCAGAGGUGGUUUGUACCAACCAGCCCCCGAGACCUACAGUGACACCAAAGAGGCCACCCCCUGCACCUCCAGCUCCUGUGUCCAGUCCACCACUUCCAGUUCCAGUUUAUACUCAGCAGCUUAGACCUGUUCCACCUACCAAGCCCCUCCCAAAGCUGAAACCCAAGCAGGUCAAGCCAAAUGUUGUACCUCCAACACCACCAGUCAAGCCUGGGACUGGAGGGAUCACGCCUGAAGUGACUCAGGUCAAGCCAAACGUUCCACCUCCCACACCACCAGUCAAGCCUGGGACUGGAGGGACCACGCCUGGGGUGACUCAGAGCGCUGCUGGUCCAAAAGUUGCUCUGACGGUCCCUGUCCAGAAGAGGUGACCAGCUAGGGCACCCCAGGGCCACUGCAGGCUUGUGGAAGUUCGGAGAUACCAGUGCUCCUAUGAACAUGCUCCUUCAGCAACAGCCCCCACUCGGGCUGGACCUGCAGUCCAGCUGUUCCUACCUCAGGAAUAAUCUACGUGGCUCUUGCUGUCCAGCUGCCCACUCACGGGCCUUGUCUGCAGUUGCUAGGCUGGGGUGACGUUACCUGCAGUGAGCCAGGGUGCCAGGAGCCCCCCUCCCAGCAAAAUCCGCCCUCACCUAGUGACCCCUCCCCAAGGCCGGGGCAGAUUUGUACAGUUCCUGUAUCUCCUACAUCCCAGUCACGUAGGAGACGUAGGGAGGAAAAGCCUACGUUGUGGGGGAGGGGAUGUAUGGGACAGGAAUCGCCUUCAUUUCCGGGAUUGGGACAGAAUGAUUGUCUAACUUACUGCUAAACACUAGACAUUAAUAAAGAUUUUAUUUUAUCAGUAGAUUACA